AUGGAAUCGACUUUCGUUUUCGUCAUCAUCGCUGUACUGGCAACUCUUGGACAAGCCCAAUUUUCACCCACACUGACCGUGAAUAGCUGUACAGCCAGCACCCUCCAACUGACAUUAGACAAUGCAGCAGAUGGCGGGAUUAUCUACAUCCAGGGACAGACAUCCGCUUGUAAACAGACAACCAGUUCUGCUUCAACCGUCCAUGAAUUUGACUUCGCAUCGUGUGGUAUAGCGUGGGCGAGUUCUUUUAAGAUGAUUGUGCAGAAGAAUGCUUUGUAUCAGACCGGAGACGACAAACAGAUCCCGAUCAUGUGUAUCAUGGAUCUCACGGAUCUUACCGUAGCCAACAACGUGAACGCUCUAGACAAAGACGAUGAUGUCGGUCAGAAUCUGACUGUGAAGCCGACAGCUUCCAUGAAGUUGUACCGUUCCGGAAUAGACGUUGCCGGCAGCAGUGUUCAACUUACAGAUACACUUACAAUGAGUAUUGAACUAGACGCCGAGUUCCAGGCUGAUUUCGAUAUCGUUGCUAAAGAUUGUACAGCCUCCACCAUCUCCAUCGUAAAUUCGGCGUGCGCCGCCGAUACUGACCUGUUUCCAGAUUUUACCAAGCCUGCUCCGGGUUACCUUUCCAAUAGCUUUGGGGCCUUCAGAACGACUGAUCUCAACGGGGGAUCAGUUGCCAUGACAUUCUCGUGCACACUGACCGUGUGUCAGGGAUCUUGUGCAGCCACAACGUGUCCCAGUGGUAACGGAUAUGGUCGUAAAAAGAGAGGGAUCUCGAAGAGACAAGCCAAUCCAGCUCCCGCCAUUGACGACAUCAGUGUUGGUACCACCGUUACCAUAGCAGCAGAGGAAGUCAUUCUUCAGACACCCGACGAUGAUACAGACGUUUGUAUGAACCGAACUGGAUUCAUCGCUGGUCUUAUCCUUCUAAUCAUCGCUCUAAUCAUCGUCCUGGUGACUGCAGUCUUCAUGGGCAGGAAAUACCACGAGAAGAAAGACGCUCUACAGAAACUGAAUGGUGGCAUGACCUCUGUCGCUAUGGGAUGA